AUGUUCAAUAACUGAGAACCAGUAAACAGUCAACCAGCCGCAGGUCAAGGUUAAGUAAGACACAGCUGCAUGUGCAUUGUGAUCACGGCCCCAAAAUUCCGGAUACAAUUCAGGCCUGUUUUCUGCAACAAUGGCUGGGAAAGAACUGUUUGAUUUUAAGCAUUUGUUAGAGGAAUUUACGGCCUCUAAGACACCAGAAAAUCACAUUUUGAUGGACCGUUAUGUGAAUGCUUUUAACGACUUAUCGAGGUUCUUUGUUCUUCUGGGCACCGCCUUUGGCUUUGUCUCCAAGGACAUCAACGAGAAGGUAGGCAUCCUGAAGGCCCACCGGGCUGAAAACCCAGACCACUUUGCCACCAUCCAGUCCAUGGUGGCCUACGAGGUGGCCAACGACCUGACUCAGGCUAAGACCAAAUCAGGGCUCCUGUCGGGCUCCCGCACCCUGCUUCGCCUCCACCGCACCAUGGACUUCGUGGCCAAGUUCCUGGGGCGGCUGAAGGACAUGAAGGAUGAGGAGUACACGAGCAAGGCCGCUUCGGAGGAGUACUCCCAGUCGCUGGCCAAGUUCCACCCCUGGAUGAUCCGGAAGGUGGCGGGCGUGGCUAUGUACACCCUGCCCACCCGGGGCGUCUUCGUCCAGAAGUACUGCAAGCAGGAGAAAGAGGAACUGGAGACACUGGUCGGUCCAACGGCCGCGAUUAUGACCGAGAUUUACGACAUUACACAACAGCUGUAUGCCGAUAAUAAUAUUCUAGACCUUCCUUAACCUCGGUUUCUCCUGGGGAGAACAGUUUCACACAGCAGAAAAUUCCGUGUAGUAAUUUUAAGAAGCUUAGGUAGAAAUCCGCUGGAAACGAGUCGCCAACACUACAAACCACAUUUGGCAGGAUUUGGAUUAAUAUUUAAACUGGCAUGGCUGUGGGCCAGGCAAUCAUGAGUCAAGUUCAAGCAAGAAACACAAACGAUAAUUGCACAUUAUCGGGGGGAGUCGGGUUGGCGUAGUGGUUCUUUCUUCGCCUUCCACCUCCGUGGCCCGGGUUCAAUUCCCGCCAUGGUCCAUGGUCCUUGCCUCAGGUUUCUUCAGGCUUGCGAGCUACAGUGCCGAGUGCAAGCUUGAUACCACUAGAAAGGCACAGAAUGGUGUGCUUCCAUAUACCAGCAAAGGCAAUACGGCCGUUUCACAAUAGUGUGCCACUAAGAGGUUGCAACGCAUUGGUCAAUUACAAUGCGCGGAAUUUUUCGACCCAUUGCGCGUUUGGAAAAGGUCGACAAAUUUUGCCUGUUCUGAUUGGCCGAUGCAUUACAAACUCUUGGUGGUGCACUAUUGUGAAUCGAUCGUAUUGUGUUUUCAACUGAAAUAUGCUCUACAAUAUAAAUGUAAUUUGAUUUCUGGUUAUUUUAACGCACAGAAUCUUAAGUUUUUGCUCAGGAAGUUCAACUUGAAUUUGGGAAGUGUUUCUGAAUUGGGCAUUUUUCGUAAAUGGGGCAUUUAUCCCAAUUUAGGCAGAGUUCCAAAUUUGAGCAGUGUGAAAGAGGAUCCAAAUGUCAGCCCCAUCAACCAUCAUUUGGUGCGAUUCAUUUAUAAUCACCGAUGUAGCAGAUUAUAUUUAAAAGUUAAUAGCCAUGUCAGCAAGUAGACGAUUCAUAGUUAUGUCUGUAGCUAGUCAAUGUUUAAUGCAAGAAAUAGAAAUAUUGUACCUGUUGGCCUUUUAUUUUUAUAUAAAAAAUGAUGUGUAAGACGUAUGGUUUUUGAAGUCACAACCUCAGCAGACAGCGGUGGUGCGAAUUUAGUGAUUUUUCUGAGUUCCGGAAAAAAAUCAUGUGUCCACUUAACAAUUAAUGUCGAUCAAAAUACAUCAUGUUUUAAUUAAGCUUUUAUGCAAAUAAAAUUAAUGGUGGAAAAAGAAAAAUAAAUCAAUUGUUCUUCGGGUUUGACUUUCCCUUUUUAUGCUGUACAGGAUCCG